AUGAGCUGUGAUACAUCAGAAUAUUUGGUUGUUAAAUUGUUCCGGAAAGGAAAGACAGUGAUCCGCGAAGACUUGAAGGAUAACAUGUUACUAAGCAAAUCACGAAGUUUGGGUUGGUGGUGGCAACCCCUUAUUCCUUUAUUGCGGUUUGUAAGAAAUAGGAUUGUGAUUACUAAUUGUGGCAAUAAGAAACAUGACCAACAGCAACAGGUGAGCUUACCACAACAGCGUGGACUAAAAUCCCUCAUGCUGGACAAGGAGCGGGUCCUCGACUUCAACGGCAAGCAGCUUUUGCCACACCAAAAAGUACUCCACCACCUUUCCCUAGUUAGUGCCUACUUCCCGUCUUUUAUAUACAUGCAUUUGUCUUCACUAUCUCAGCUUCUGGCCAUCAUCUAA